AUGGAACCAGCUGAACUUGAGGCAGUUGAACCAGAAGAAGCAGCGGGGUUAGAUGACGCGACAAUAGACGACAAGGCAGAUGAGCUAGAAGUAACAGCUAAAGUGGAAGAAGUGAUGGAGCUAGAAGCAGCAGCUGAACUUGUCGAGGAAGCGACCGAACUAGAAACCCCAGCGGAACUAGAUGAAACAACGGUAUCUGACGAUGCAGUGGAGCUUGACGAAGCAGCUGAACUAGAAGAAGCCGAGCUUGAAGAAGCGGCAGAGUUAGAGGAAGAAACUGAGCUGGACGAGGCAGUGGAACUAGAGGAAGCAGCGGAGCUAGAAGAAGUUGCGGAACUGGAAGAAGCAGCAGAGCUGGACGAGGCAGUGGAACUAGAUGAAGCUGCUGAGCUAGAAGUUGCUGAACUUGACGAAGCUUCCGAACUUGACGAGGCAGCUGAGCUAGAAGAAGCAACUGAACUUGACGAUGAAGCUGAACUUGAUGAAGCAGCGGAGCUAGAAGAAACAGCUGAGCUCGAUGAAGCAGCUGAGCUUGACGAGGCAGCGGAGCUGGAUGAAGCGGCCGAGCCUGACGAGGAUGCCGAACUGGAAGAAGCAAUUGAGCUGGACGAGGCUGCGGAACUGGACGAAAGAGUAGAGCUUGACGAGGCAGCGGAACUAGAUGAAGCUGCCGAACUUGACGAACCAGCUGAGCUUGAUGAGGGCGCGGAACUCGACGAAGCUGCGGAACUUGACGAGGCCGCUGAACUUGAUGAUGGCGCGGACGUCGACGUAGCAGCUGAACUAGAAGAAGCAGCGGAGCUAGAAGAAGCAGCUGGGCUGGAUGAAGUAGCAGAGCUUAACGAGGCUGCGGAACUAGAAGAAGCUGCAGGGCUGGAUGAAGCAGCAGAGCUAGAAGAAGCAGCUGAGCUAGACGAAGCUGCAGAGCUGGAGGAGGCAGCGGAGCUAGAAGAAGCAGCUGAGCUGGAGGAGGCAGUGGAACUAGAUGAAGCUGCCGAACUUGACGAAGCUGCUGAGCUGGAAGAAGCUGCCGAACUAGAGGCUGAGCUGGAUGAAGCAGCUGAGCUAGUGGAUGCAGCGGAGCUGGAAGAAGCAGCUGAGCUGGACGAGACGGUGGAACUAGAUGAAGCUGCUGAGCUGGAAGAAACUGCUGAAUUAGAAGCAGCUGAGCUAGAAGAAGCAGCUGAGCUGGACGAGGCAGCUGAGCUAGAUGAAGCAGCUGAACCGGACGAUGCAGCUGAGCUAGAUGAAGCAGCUGAGCUAGAAGAAGCAGCUGAACCGGACGAUGCAGCUGAGCUAGAAGAAGCAGCUGAGCUGGACGAGGCAGCGGAGCUAGAAGAAGCAGCUGAGCUAGAGGAGGCAGCUGAGCUGGACGAGGCGGUGGAACUAGAUGAAGCAGCUGAACUGGACGAGGCAGCGGAGCUAGAAGAAGCAGCGGAGCUGGACGAGGCAGCGGAGCUAGAAGAAGCAGCUGAGCUAGAGGAGGCAGCUGAGCUGGACGAGGCGGUGGAACUAGAUGAAGCAGCUGAACUGGACGAGGCAGCGGAGCUAGAAGAAGCAGCGGAGCUGGACGAGGCAGCGGAGCUAGAAGAAGCAGCUGAGCUGGACGAGGUAGUGGAACUAGAUGAAGCUGCCGAACUUGACGAAGCUGCUGAGCUGGAAGAAGCUGCCGAACUAGGAGCUGAGCUGGAUGAAGCAGCGGAGCUAGUGGAGGCAGCUGAGCUAGAUGAAACAGCUGAGCUGGAAGAAGCAGCUGAGCUGGACGAGGCAGUGGAACUAGAAGAAGCAGCUGAGCUGGACGAGGCAGCGGAGCUAGAAGAAGCAGCUGAGCUAGAGGAGGCAGCUGAGCUGGACGAGGCGGUGGAACUAGAUGAAGCAGCUGAACUGGACGAGGCAGCGGAGCUAGAAGAAGCAGCGGAGCUGGACGAGGCAGCGGAGCUAGAAGAAGCAGCUGAGCUGGACGAGGUAGUGGAACUAGAUGAAGCUGCCGAACUUGACGAAGCUGCUGAGCUGGAAGAAGCUGCCGAACUAGGAGCUGAGCUGGAUGAAGCAGCGGAGCUAGUGGAGGCAGCUGAGCUAGAUGAAACAGCUGAGCUGGAAGAAGCAGCUGAGCUGGAAGAAGCAGCUGAGCUGGACGAGGCAGUGGAACUAGAUGAAGCUGCUGAGCUGGAAGAAACUGCUGAACUAGAAGCAGCUGAGCUAGAAGAAGCAGCUGAGCUGGACGAGGCGGUGGAACUAGAUGAAGCAGCUGAACUGGACGAGGCAGUGGAACUAGAUGAAGCUGCCGAACUUGACGAAGCUGCUGAGCUGGACGACGUACUCAAAGCACUUGUGGAAGUAGCUGAACUUACAGCCCUUGCUAGUAGUAAUGGUCCUUUAGAGCACGAAUCACAGGGUGACUUACUAUAUACUGCACUGGGAAGAGGCAUUUCUAGUUGGAACUUAUCGGCAGCUUCAGCGAAAGCGACAUUUAUUUCAGCAAAAUCGUUAUCAAGUACGGGGAAUGCAAGACAGUCCAGUUUUCCAUAG